AAUACACUAAUAGGUGGUUUAACAAAUAAAUAUGUUAAUUUCGGAAUAUAUAGAUAGAAACGCCAAUGAUCUUAAAUAUUAUCGUUUUGACAUAUUUAAAUUUAAAUUUAAUUAUUUUUAUUUGUUUUUGUAGGUAUUUGAAAGUGUUAUUAAAUGGGUAAGACAGGAUUUGGAUCAGAGAAAAGAUUUUUUGACAGAAUUAAUGGAACACGUACGUUUGCCCAUAAUAGCAUCUAGGCCUGAUAUAUUAUUAAAUAUAGUAAACGAACCUCUUCUAAAGGAUAAUCUUAAAUGUAAAGAUUUUGUAAUUGAAGCUUUUCAUUUUAUUCUUCAAAAAUCAGCUCAGUAUUUCACUAUUCCACAAACAAUUCGUUGUAAACCAAGGCAGUUUGGUGAUUCAGAAAAAGUAUGAUUCC